CCUCAAGAUCUUGGAGCGAGGGGAUCUCCAAGAGGCAAUGGCGACGGAACGAGAGAAGGAGAGGGAGGCGGAGCUCGAGAGCGCAAUGUACACCAACUGCCUCCUCCUAGGUCUCGACCCGGCCAUCAUCGGCGGCGGUGGGAGCCCGAGGGUGGGUCAUUUCCGCCACUCCAACCCGCGCUUGGGCGAGCAGCUGCUCUACUUCCUCCUCUCCGCCCUCCGUGGCCCCGCCCAGUCCGCUAAGGAUUUCGAUAAGGUCUGGCCGAUCUUCGAUUCCGCACAGUCCCGAGAAUUCCGAAAGAUUGUACAAGGGAUAAUAAGCGAGCUAGAGUCGCAAGGGGCUCUACCGAGGAGUAAUUCUAGGGUUUCCUCCCUCGCAACUUGUUGUGGACCGAGAUUUGUUGAGCUUUUGUGGCAACUUUCUGUGCAUGCCUUACGGGAGGUUCAUAAGCGAACAUUUGCUGCUGAUGUGGCUUCUAACCCAUUGCCAGCUUCACUGACGGAUGUUUCAUACCUACAUGCUGCUGCAUUACUUCCUGUGACUAAGGCUAGAAUAGCUCUUGAGCGAAGGAGAUUCCUAAAAAAUGCUAACAUUGCUGUUCAUAGGCAAGCUGCAUGGUCAAACUUAGCUCAUGAGAUGACAGCUGAGUUCCGUGGUCUAUGUGCUGAAGAGGCCUACUUGCAGCAAGAGUUAGAAAAGCUCCAGGAUAUGAAAAACAAAGCUAAGUUGGAAGGGGACUUGUGGGAUGAUCGUAUCUCCAGUUCUUCCAAUCAGAACUCCCACUUGGUUUCCAAGGCUACUCGCCUUUGGGAGUCACUAUUAGCUCGGCAGAGCCAACAUGAAGUUCUAGCUUCUGGCCCAAUUGAGGAUCUCAUAGCUCAUCGAGAGCAUAGGUACCGCAUUUCUGGGUCGUCUUUGCUUGCAGCCAUGGAUCUAAAUUCACAUACCUCUUCUCCUGGGUUAGAUACUCGGGAAAAAAGAGACUCAUCUCAGUUCCAAGAGCAAAGUGAUGAUCUUUCUAGGAUGGAUGAUCAAGGUGGAGGAGUUUAUCCUACUGUUGAUGUAGCUGAAAUUCUUAGACGUUGGACUCAUGCUUUACAACGUAUACAUAAGCAGUCGCUUAAUUUGGUGAAAGCUAAUGAAGGGGAGGGCCCGGAACUACUUCGUAGUGCAUCUGACAGCAGUAGCAGUGGGCAUGCGGAGUCACUGGCUGCAACUCUUGCAGAACAUCGCCAACAUUUAGUUAGCAUACAGGGACUUGUUGAUCAACUAAAGGAAGUCAUUCCAGCAAUGCAGAUGUCAAUUUCAGAUCUCACUGAAGAAGUAAACAAUAUUUCUUCAACCAUGGUAGAUGGGUUUAGUGUGCAAUCAAGCACAACUGUUCAGUACCAAAGUGCUGGAAGACAGUUGGAAAGGUUGACUGAUGAAGUUGCUGAGAUGACUUCUAAAUUCUCCUCUGCUCAGAUUGAGAAAGUCUCCGGUAGUCCAACUUUGAAACUCCCUCAUUUAUUCAAUCUAACUCCAAAUUCAUUGGGGAAAGGCAACCAAGCACCAAAGCAGCAUCCUGUAGGUAGUCAAACCAAUCAGGAAACUUUGCCAGCCCCAAAAACAGUUUCACCUCCAGUUACAAUUGAUGAAGAUGGUGAAGCACAAGAGACUGAUGAUUAUUAUGCUCACAACAUUCGUCGUUCUGUUCGUGAAGCUGCACUAUCAAGCUCAUCAAGCAACUCAGAAUUGUUGCAGGAAAGAAGCAGUGAUGAUGGUUCUGAACACUUCUUUAUACCUCUAUCAACAACAGAUGCUGCUUCUCAGAAAGAAAUUGACUAUGUUCCUAACUGGAGAAAUCAACAACUGGUUUUCUCCUCGCCACGAGAAGUUCAGGCCCCGAUGAACAUGACAGAUCUUUCCUGUAAUGCCAAUAGCCAGCAAAGCUUCAUUCCAGAUAUGUUAAAUAAAUUGAAUGGACUGAAGGAGAACAAAAACCUGGCCAGGCUGUUCCAACCAUCCACUGAAAAAAUACAAAGAACGCAUCCUGAAGUUAACGACACUCUGGAUCAAGUUUUCUCACCUCCAUUGUUACUGGAAUCAUCAUUCUUCCAAGAUGCAUACGAGGACUUGCUCGCACCAUUAUCUGAAACUGAUGCUGCUCUCAUGGAACACUAGAGUUCCAUAUCCACCAUGGUGGUGGUAUUAUAUGCAGCUGAAGAGAAAGGUUAGAUGCAGCCGUCUUGGUCAGAGGGCCAACAUCAUACAUUUGUUUGCCAUGCGAUGGUGACUAACUUAAGCAACUGAAAUGUAAGGGUUUCUAAUUCGAGCUUGAAUUGUGUGAUGUAGUCUAAUUUACAUGCGAUUUCACUGUUGUUGUUGGUUGUUUUGAUGAUGGUAUCAUUUUCUCUACCCGGUGUGUAGCAGCUGUAAUUAUGUUGUAUCUUUUCCGACUUAACAAAAUGUCCUUCUUACCCUUCA